AUGCGAGGUACUCUGCCGCUCUUAGUCGGCCUCCUCGCACGUGCCGCCGCCGGCAGCAGCGCCGACUGGCUCGAGGACAACAAGCGCAGCCACCCUGACCUCGUCGAGCUCCCGACCGGGCUGCAGUACCGCGUGCUCGAGUCGGGCAGCAGCUCUGGUGAGCGUCCAAAUGCAAACUCGCUGUGCGAGUGCCACUACGAGGGCCGGCUGGUCGACGGCAGCAUCUUCGACUCGUCGCACGCGCGCGGCCGGCCGGCCACCUUCAAGCCGAGCAAAGUCGUCCCCGGCUGGACGCUGGCGCUGCAGAUGAUGCGUCCCGGCGACAAGUGGCAGCUCUUCCUGCCUCCCUCGCUCGGGUACGGCGAGGCGGGCAUGCCACCGCGCAUCCCUCCCAGCGCGGUGCUCAUCUUCGAGCUCGAGCUCCUCUCGGUGAGCGAGGAGGCGCCGAUGACCUUUUUGCAGACCGCCGCCUACGGCAUCCUCACGCUCGCGUUUGGCUACGCCGGUCCUGACCCUCUCGCCGUAGCCGUAGCCCUAAACUCCGGACCCGACGGCACCCUCACGCUCGCGUUUGGCCACGCCGGCGCGGCGCAGCGCCUCCGCGUGGCUGCGCUCGGCCUCCUUCGGAAGAAGGACACGCGGCCGACCGUCCCCCUCGAGCAGGCCUUGCCCUAG